UCCACGCUGCACCGCUGCCAAGACAUUGCCGUCCGCCUUCAUGACGACCGGAAUUGCGGGGAGCGAGGCUUGGUGCCUCGCAAGAAGCCUCUAACACCUUAGUAUACAUGAGCGCCCGUGCUGCUGACUUGCAGGUUACCUAUGUCCGACCGUAUCAGCACUCAGGCCUACAAGGUGAAAUAUAAAGCCUACUGCAUCCCCGUCGAUCAAGUCGAACUUAUACUUGUGUGCUACAGUUGAGCAUCACAAUAUGAUCGGCAAAGGUUUCAUUCUUCUUGGGGCGGCGCUACCUGCGCUGGCUACGGAGGUUGUCAAGAGGCAGUCCGGCGGCGCUUCAAUUGAUGAUUGCCCGGGGUACACUGCGAGCAAUGUGCAAGACGAUGGCGGCAGGGUUACUGCUGACCUCGCACUUGCUGGCGAGGCCUGCAAUAUCUACAGUAACGAUCUAACUAAUCUCAAGCUGGAGGUCGAGUACCAAACCGAGAAUAGAUUGCACGUCAAGAUCUACGACGCUGCUGAGCAAGUCUUCCAAAUUCAGGAAUCUGUCUGGCCUCGACCUAAGAGUGACGACGGCUUUGAGCCUGCAGAUUCCGCUCUUGUCUUCUCGCAUACCGAGAAUCCGUUUUCCUUUGCCAUCACUCGAAUGGAUACCAAUGAGACUCUUUUCGAUACUUCGGCAGCGAGUCUUAUCUUUGAGUCGCAGUAUCUCCGCCUCAGGACAAGUCUGCCAGAGUUGCCAAACCUCUACGGUCUUGGAGAAUCUACUGACGAUUUCCACCUGAACAUUACGAACUACACUCGCACUCUGUGGAACCGUGAUGCUUACGGUACUCCAACGGGAUCCAACCUGUACGGAUCUCACCCAGUUUAUUUCGACCACCGCGGCGAGAACGGCACCCAUGGUGUCUUCCUCGCUAGCUCUCAGGGUAUGGACAUCAAGAUUGACGAUACCGAUGGUCAAUUUCUUGAGUACAGCACUCUGGGAGGUAUCAUCGACCUGUACUUCUUAGCCGGUCCUUCGCCCAAGGAGGUCGCUGUUCAGUACUCUGCGUUGACUGGAACUGCUGCCAUGAUGCCUUACUGGGGUUUCGGAUUCCAACAGUGCAAGUACGGGUACCGUGAUGUGUGGGAGGUCGCUGAGGUCGUGGCCAACUAUACGCAAGCCGACAUCCCGUUGGAGGUUAUGUGGACUGAUAUUGACUACAUGGAGCUUCGCCGCUUGUUCACUCUGGACCCGGAGCGCUACCCUUUGGAGUUGGUCCGCGAUAUGGUCUCCUACCUCCAUGAGCGUCAGCAACACUACAUUGUCAUGGUCAACUCCGCUGUCUGGGCGGGCGAUAAUGAUGUAUACAACGAAGGUGUUGCGCAGAACGUCUGGCAGGUUCGCGAAAACGGUAGCGAAUACCGCGGAGCCGUCUGGCCUGGCCCAACUGUUUUUCCCGACUGGUUCCACCCUAACACUCAGAACUACUGGAACAGCCAGUUUGAGCAGUUCUUCGACCCUGCCACCGGUAUUGACAUCGAUGGGCUCUGGAAUGACAUGAACGAGCCCGCCAAUUUCUGUCCCUACCCCUGCUCCGACCCCAUGGCCUACUCCGAAGAGUCCAAGAACCCUCCUGAGCCACCAGCAGUUCGUCCUGGCGGCCCCGGUCGCGUUAUCCCUGGCUUCCCUGCCAGCUUGCAGCCGGGCUCCACCAAUGCUUCCAAGCGUGCGCUCCAGUCCCGCGAGCUCAACGAGAAGUUGUCGAUACCUAAGCGCUCUCUGACUGGUCGUCAGUCCAACCAGACUACACAGCGCCUUGGUCUGCCUGGCCGCGAUCUCAUCAACCCUGGCUAUGAGAUCCAGAAUGCUGCCGGAUCUAUCAGUAACAAGACCAUGGACACUGACAUCCGCAACUACGACGGCUCGUACCACUACGACACCCACAACUUCUGGGGCUCGCUUAUGUCCAUCGCCUCGAGGGAGUCGAUGUUGCGGCGCCGCCCUGAGCGCCGUCCUUUCCUGAUCACCCGAUCUACAUUUGUCGGUCUCGGCAAGUAUGUAGGCAAAUGGCUCGGUGAUAACGUCAGCACCUGGGAGCAAUACCGCUUCAGCAUCGGUGGCAUCCUAAACUUCGCCUCCAUCUACCAGAUGCCUAUGGUCGGGCCCGACAUCUGCGGGUUCGCCGGCAACACAACUGAGACUCUGUGCGCCCGUUGGGCCACGCUCGGCGCCUUCUACCCCUUCAUGCGUAAUCACGCGGGCGACACAUCGAUCUUCCAGGAGUUCUACCGCUGGCCGCUUACGCAGUCCGCAGCCCGCAAGACCAUCGCCGUCCGCUACCGACUGCUUGACUACAUCUACACGGCGUUCUACCGUCAGUCAACCACUGGCCUACCGCUGUUGAAUCCUCUAUUCUUCCACUAUCCGCAGGACGCCAACACGUUCACCAUUGAAUAUCAAUUCUUCUACGGCGACGACAUCCUCGUCAGCCCCGUGCUCGAGGAGAACAGCACAAGCGUCAGCAUCUACCUGCCCAACGGCACCUUCUACGACUGGUGGACCCUCGAGCAGAUCCAGGGCACGGGGAGCUGGAUCAACAUCACCGACGUGGGCUUCGACAGUAUCCCACUGCACAUCCGGGGCGGUGCAAUCCUGCCCCUGCGCGCAGAGAGCGCGAACACAACCACGGAGUUGCGCAAGCAAGAUUUCGUGAUCUGGAUUGCGCCGAACAGCACAGGCCAGGCGUCUGGCACUCUGUACCUCGAUGACGGAGACAGCAUUGAGCAGGAUGGCGUGAGCGAGAUUGAGUUCUUGUACGAUAACGGCGAGUUCAAGAUGACCGGAGGCUUUGGCUACGAGACAGAUGUGCAGGUCAAGAAUAUCACGCUGCUGGGCGCCGACGGACAGCAGACGCUGCAGGGCCCUGUGCCGCUGACGGGUGAGUACAGCGUGAGGUUCAACAGCACGGGCGGGAACUACACGGGUGGAGGCAGCCCGCCGCAGUCCGAGGGCGCGGCGACGAAAAAUAGCGUCGGUACACUUGCAGGUGUGAUUGCUGUUGCCGCAUGGCUGGCGCUGUAGAACGUCCGUGCAGAGCGAGCGGCGCAGCUGGGGGAUGUAAAGAGGUAGAUAGAGUGUUGGUACUCGAAGUGGGCCGCACUAUAGCUCAACGAUCCGCCGUUAAAUUUUCCACCCCUGACCGCUUUCUGUCCGUGC